CACCAGUCACAUGAAAACGACAGUGACCCGUGUGACAAAGCCACAGAAGACGAGGAUCCUCAACCUCAAGGGCCUUAUAUCUACCAAGAACUCAUAGUUUAAAGCUGAACCACACCUCUUGCAUAUGCUUUAUCCCAAACUCCUAAUAAGGGCAAAAUCCAAUAAUCCAUCUACUAUUUCAGUGGUUGUGGUGUUGCCUUCGAAUUCAUGUCUUUCCACAUUGCCCCCACAUAUAAUAUUCCCUCUGAAACACAAUUACUGUCUUUCACUUGCACUUUGGGCCUCUCAGAACUCUUGGCUCCAGCUCGAAACCUGUCUCAGAGGCGAGCUUCAAAGGCUAUGAACUGAGGUCCUAGGCUGUUGCUUUACAUCCUGCUGUAUUUUUGGGGGCUUUUUAGGUUUAUAGGAAGAUAGCUACAGCAUCAUGUCAUCUAAACCAUUGGACUAUGAGAAUUUAAAUGAAAAUGUGAAGAAAUGCCAAUAUGCUGUCAGAGGUGAGUUGUAUCUCCGAGCUUCGGAGCUUCAGAAGGAAGGGAAGAAGAUUAUAUUCACAAAUGUUGGCAAUCCCCAUGCCCUAGGACAGAAGCCUCUAACUUUCCCUCGCCAGGUGGUUGCUCUUUGCCAAGCACCAUUCUUGCUGGAUGAUCCUAAUGUAGGACUUGUAUUCCCUGCUGACGCAAUUGCAAGAGCUAAACACUAUCUCUCAAUUACCUCGGGGGGUUUAGGUGCUUACAGUGAUUCGCGUGGCAUCCCUGGAAUUAGGAAAGAAGUGGCAGAGUUCAUUGAAAGGCGCGAUGGAUAUCCAAGUGAUCCAGAACUUAUAUUUCUCACAGAUGGUGCCAGUAAAGGAAUAAUGCAGAUAUUGAACACUAUUAUUCGUGGAGCAGGUGAUGGGAUUUUGGUUCCAGUUCCACAGUAUCCACUUUACUCAGCUACAAUAUCUUUAUUUGGUGGCACUCUUGUUCCAUAUUACCUUGAAGAGACAGCAAACUGGGGUCUUGAUGUUAUUGACCUUCGCCAGUCAGUUGCACAGGCUCGCUUUAAAGGGAUAACGGUACGAGCAAUGGUGAUUAUAAACCCUGGAAACCCUACCGGACAGUGUCUUAGUGAAGCUAAUCUGAAGGAAAUAUUGCGCUUCUGUUACCAAGAAAACUUAGUCCUGCUUGGAGAUGAAGUAUAUCAGCAGAAUAUAUACCAGGAUGAGCGGCCCUUUAUAAGUGCACGGAAGGUUUUGAUGGACAUGGGCCCACCCAUAAGCAAGGAGAUCCAGCUUGUUUCUUUUCAUACUGUGUCCAAAGGAUAUUGGGGUGAAUGUGGACAGCGUGGUGGCUACUUUGAGAUGACUAAUAUAUCUCCAAAGUCAGUUGAGGAAAUCUAUAAGGUUACAUCGAUAUCGCUGAGUCCCAAUGUCCCCGCCCAGAUAUUUAUGGGACUAAUGGUCAACCCACCUAAACCUGGAGAUAUCUCAUAUGAGAGGUUUGUUAGAGAGAGCAAAGGUAUCCUCGAGUCACUGAGGAAGAGAGCACAUAUAAUGACUGAUGGAUUCAACAGCUGCAGAAACGUGGUUUGUAAUUUCACAGAAGGUGCCAUGUAUUCCUUCCCACAAAUACGCCUCCCUCCAAAAGCAAUAGAGGCUGCAAAAAAAGCUGGGAAAGUUCCUGAUGUUUUCUAUUGUCUUAAGCUCUUGGAGGCAACAGGCAUUUCCACUGUCCCUGGCUCAGGAUUUGGGCAAAAGGAAGGGGUCUUCCACCUGAGGACAACCAUAUUACCAGCUGAGGAAGACAUGGCUGCGAUCAUGUCGAGUUUCAAGAACUUCAAUGACGCGUUCAUGGAACAAUAUGAAGAUCACAAAGGCUAUUCACGGAUGUAAAGGAUACUUGAAUAUCCUUCUUCGUAUGAUACCAUUCAGCUAUUGCACGAUAUUUGAUGUAUACUCCUCGAACAUAAUCUUUUUUUUUUUCCCCUCCAUAACUUACUCCUCGAAAAUUUAGUGCACAUUGAAUUAUGCAAUUAAUAACUGAUAUAGAUAAACGUAUGGUAUGGAUUUGCAUAUGAUAGUCUUACAUAAAAAAAUAAACCAG